GUUACGUUACGGCUGUUUUGAAUCUAGCUUAAUAUUUUUAUGUCAGAUAAAAGCCUGAAGCCUGUGAUGUACUUGAAUUAACUAAAUUCAUAAUCAAAAAAUAUUUGUAGGUAGUCUAAAAAACGUAUCUAGAAAUCUUUCAGUAUUUGGAGAUGAUAGGGAUAGUACCAACAAGGCAAAUCUUCUUGAUUAACCAGGCUGCUUUGGUCUCGCUAAAACUGGUCAUUAAAAAGAAAAUGAGUUACAAUAGAUUCCUGCCUGACAAUGGACUGCCAGUGCCUAAUUAUUCCAAUUUCUCUGGGGCACCCAUCAAUUUUUUAAGGUCUUUAAGCGAAGCCAAUGUUCACUUUAUUGGAGAUCCCCCUGAACAACCACAACCUCCACCUGGAUAUACCUCUGCCUUUCCUAUAAGCUCAUAUAAAUUGAUGUGUGGACAUCAUUCUAAAUACAGAGACUAUGGUAUUAGCUCAGAUCCUGAAGACUACCAAAAAACUAGAAACGCUAUUUCAAGAGAUUGGAUUAAUGUGCCAAUUCGCUUUCAAAAAAAUUCAGCAUUUGAAAAAAGUUUCAAGUUCAGUGUGAUGUCAUUUAACGUAUUAGCUCAAGAAUUACUCCAACAGCAUCCUGAUUUGUAUUGCAGACAUAACCAUUUAGCUCUCAAAUGGGAAGAGAGAUGGAAAAGAAUACAUGAAGAAAUUUCGAACUACAGACCGGACAUUGUGUGCUUGCAAGAGGUGCAGGAGUCUCAUUUGAGCGAGUAUUUCUUAAAGCAGCUUAAACUGUUGGGCUACUGUGGCAUCUACAAAAAACGUACGGGCUUUACAUGCGACGGGUGCGCCAUCUUUUAUAAAAUGAAAAGCGUUUCGUUGCUUGAACAUGUGACCGUAGAGUUUAUGCAGCCAAACAUUCCUCUGCUCGACAGGAACAAUGUUGCAAUAGUUGCGGUGCUUUGCCCCAAAGGCCUACCAGAUAGUAAGUUUGUUGUUGCAACAACCCAUUUGCUUUACAAUCCGAAACGACAAGAUGUGAGACUGGCUCAAAUGCAAAUUUUACUCGCCGAAAUCGAAAGGCUGAGCUUCCAUUUGGACUCUAAAAAACAGAAAAAAUACCUUCCAAUUAUUCUUAAUGGAGAUUUUAAUGCCACCCCUACUUCUUCUUUGUACGAAUUUAUCAGUAAAGGUCAUUUGAAGUAUGAGCAUUUGGCUGCUAAGAAAUUGGAUGACAAAGGGAUACCUUGUCAAGGACCUGUUUUAAUACCAUCUGAUCUUCAGAUCACAGACAAUUGCCAGCAUGCACUCUUAGUAGAAGUCCGCGAUGCAUAUUAUAAAACGUACGAAUCGAAUGAUAAGGACAGCAAACACCAUGAGUACCUUAUGGGGCUAUCAAAAAAAGUAGAUUUGAACAAGCUUCAUCGCAGUGCCAACAAUGUGUGCAGUCCGAAUUGCUCCUCUGUUCGAAAAGAAAAUUUGUUUUCUACUGGGGCUUUGUCACACCUGUUUGCUUUCAAAUCGGCGUAUAGGCAUGGCGAUCCGGCCAAUCCCCAAGCGACUACGUUUCAAAACGAAUGGGUUAUGGUCGAUUAUAUAUUUUAUAGCGGCAAAAAAAAGAAUGGUCAAUUCCGGGAUGACAAAUUGAAGCUUAGCGGCUAUUUGAGAUUGCCGUACAGAUCAGAAUUAGAAGGAUUUAAAAUACCUAAUGAUUCGUUCGGGUCCGAUCAUUUCUGUCUCGUAGCUAAAUUUCUAUUGAACACAGGACCAUAGUAGUUCAAAUUGACUAUUCUUGUUUCAGUACAAAAUACAUUUGGUGAUUUUUGAAAUAAUUUGUGAUGUUUGUUUAAAUAAAAUAAGAUUUUUAUUUUCUCAA